CACAUUAAACCUCAACUGUGGAAUAUAUGAGACGGACAGGAGGUCUGCGCUCAUCCCGGGCACUGCGCGAGAAGAUAGAAUUAUUUGGGGCACAAUAAUAAGCUCCUGUUCUGUCAACAUCGGUCCUGAGUUAUAGGAGUGGGACGAGACGGGACCUCUGCGCUGUAAAGCGUCGCUCCUGUACCGUGCAGCAGUGCGCGGAGAGCAGCCACAGACUCAGUGAACGCACCGAAAGGGCAGAAGGGAGAGGAAGGUUUAGGAUAUUUUACGCACAGCAGCACCCAGUAGCCACUGUUUGACACGCGGCUACUAACUGGGAGUCUUUGCUCCGUUUAGGACUCAACACAGUCGGAUUUGCACUUGACUAGGUCCACGUACAGCAAUCGAUUGGGAUGGAUUCCUUCAUCAUAGCGGCUCUGGCUCUGUGCUCUCUAACGGCAACAGCCUAUGGGGACAAAGGGACCAGCAAAGCCAGGAGUUGUUCGGAUAUCAGGCAGUUUUAUAACGGCAAAGGAUUCCCUGUGGAUGGUGUCCCUAUCGCUGAAAUAUCAGGGGAGCACCUGCGCAUUUGUCCCCAGGGUUACACCUGCUGUACCAGUGACAUGGAGGACAACCUGGCCAGGUUGAGCCGCACGGAGAUGGAGGGACUACUCAAAGACGCUGGACGAUCCUUACAGACCUCACUCACUGGACAGUUCAAGGCCUUUAAUGGUUACUUCCUGGAGUUGCUGAACCGCUCAGCGAAUACACUACAGGAGACUUUCACUACAAAUUGGGGCUCCCUAUACACCCAGAAUUCCCAGGUCUUUUCUGACCUGUACACAGACUUGAGGCACUACUACCGAGGCUCCAACCUCAACCUGGAAGAGGUGCUCAAUGAUUUCUGGGCCAAGCUGCUGGAGAAGCUCUUCUACCAGGCCAACAAGCAGUAUUUCAUAGGGGAGGACUACCUGGAGUGUGUGUCUAAGCAGAUAGAAACACUACGACCAUUUGGUGACACACCCCGUGAACUGAAGACAAAGGUCACGCGCACAUUUGUAGCAGCUCGUUCGUUUGUUCAGGGACUAGUGGUCAGCGGGGAGGUGGUGCGCAAGGUUUCCCAGGUGGUGCUGAGCCAGGAGUGCAUGCGGGCCAUGAUGAGGAUGACUUACUGUCCCCACUGUCGCAGCAUGGCCUCUGCCAGACCUUGUGCCAACUACUGCAGCAACGUCAUGAAGGGUUGUCUGGCCAACCAAGCUGACCUCAACACUGAAUGGAGGCACCUGGCAGAAACGAUGAUGCAAGUGGCUGACCGCUUUGAUGACCAGUCUGGUGUGGAUGUUGUGGUCUCCUCCCUCCACAGUCGCAUAUCAGAAGCCAUGCUCAACAUGAUGGACAACAUCGAAACCAUCAACACCAAGUUGUUCCAGGCAUGCGGCAAUCUCAAAGAGGGAGGAACCAGCAGCACAGGAGUGGACGACUUCAUUAAGAGGGGGAAGGUUGUAGUGGAGGACACACUGGGACCCAGCUCUAGCAAACUGGAUAAACUGGUGUCUGAUGUAACUAUAAGACUGAGGGACAUGCAGCCGUACUGGGUUUCUCUUCCAAGUCUUCUCUGCAGUGACAGAGUGGCUACCGGUGCAGGGGCUGAGGAUAAGUGUUGGAACGGCAUGAACCGUGCCAGGUACCUUCCUGAGGUGAUGGGUGAUGGCCUAGCAAGCCAGAUCAACAACCCUGAAGUGGAAAUUGACAUCACCAAGCCAGACAUGACAAUACGCCAACAGAUCAUGCAGCUGAAGAUCAUGACACACCGCCUGAAGAAUGCUCUCAAUGGCAAUGAUGUGGACUUUCAGGAUACCAGUGAUGAUGUCAGUGGUUCAGGAAGUGGCAUGUGCACUGACGAUAUCUGUUCCCGGAGCCAACGCCCUAUUGUCCCCGUCACUGAACGACCCAAUCUCUAUCCUCCAGAACAGGAGAAGGUGAUGAAAGCAUCAGCACACCAGAACCUCCCCUGCAUCACCAUUUACCUGCUUUCACUGCUCAUUCUGCUGCUCCGGCGAUAAUUGACGGUGAAAUCUAUCAACCGGGACUGAGUUUGGGACACAGGGGUUAGGGAGAGUCUGAAAAGGGAGGGGGGAGAAGUUGGGGGUUAGUUACUUUGCCAAAACUAAAUAAUUAUAAGGAAACAACAACAAAAAAAUCACAUGGAUGGACUUGGAUUAGAACAAAAUGGAAUUACGAGUAUACAUAAAUAUUUUGGUUGUGCUCUUGUCUUUUAUUUCUUGCUAUAUUAUUACACCAUUAGAGCUGGUCUUUUUGCAUCUUCUAAUGUUUUGUUUCUGGUGUUUGGUUUCUUUGAGAUUAUACCUGUACCUAAGACGAGUAAGACUAUUGCAGUAUGUUGGUGUUGACACCAUGGGAAGAGGGAGAAUGGGGCUUGCGGUGGCGUUCAGAUACACUCACUUUAUUACACAGCACUUAGUUACUCAGUAGAAUGAUUUAUUUAUUAAUACCUGGCAACAGACCCCAGGGUGGUUUACCACUCCCUAAUAUUUAUAGAAGAAAUACACAAACCACAAACUUAAAUGAAAUAAAGUAUUGAUGACUUUUAAAGGAUUAUAAUCUAGACAGCACAGCCCACCAGACCUAUUGAUGCAUUAAGCCUCAUAAUAUCAUUACACUUACACAUACUGUCUCACAGCGAGGAUGAGAGCACCCUGCGUCAGCACUUUUUGCCAUUUCAUCAUGUAAGCUAUAAUAAUAGCCGUGAUCACAUUCACACUGACAUGAUCAUCUAAUGUGGCAGUAACGUGACCCAUCCGCCACUCCAUCCAUCCACUCAUCCCUACACCCCCACCCCCCUCCCUCCUCCCUGCUGAGGCAUCUCUCCCUCUCUCUCCAGACCCUGUAGGAUCAACUCAAGAGUCUGGUGUAAGCAAAACAUAUGCUAGGCUGGGUCAGGUCUCAGAUGACAGUAUCUUCCCACUAUAGAGCACUGUAUGUGGAACAGGGGUGUCGAUUUAAGACUGCCCUCACAGCAAAGGAUUGACACUUCAUGAUUUUGGAAGAUGUGUAGCAGAGCAGAAAUGUACACAGAGGCAGAAACACUGCUGUCAUGUAGCUUUUUUUCAGUAUUCCUUUUAUGUGCGCAGCAGAGCAGAAAUAUAAUAAGAAUCAAUUUGUGUGAUCCCUGCAAAGGCCCAGUGUUCCUGUGAUUAGCAUCAUAAUUGCAGCCAACAAUGUCAUAUGUUUUUGUCAAAUUGCAGCAGCGAUCUAUAUCACGGUGAAAGCUGCCUCUUGCACGUAUUUGAAUCGUUCUACUAUUGCUUUGGCAGACACAACAGUGUACAUAUUUUUUUGAUUGCUUUUCUGUUUUCCAGGAAAAAAUAGCCAAUUAGGUAUCAAAAUUUUAUAAUGGGAAAAACAUUGUAUGCUAUAACUCUUAUUUCUUUCAUCA